UAUGCCGCGAAUGGUGAACUUUUAUUUUGAAGGCCGUAACCGGAUGCGGUGUCUCCCCUUGCCGAUAACUCGACAGUGAUCUGGCAGGAGCGAGUCGUUGACUGCGGCGGUCGCAAUUUGGGCAACAUGGGAGACGCUGUGGGAUUUAUUGUGAACGGAUUUUAAGACGUGUUGGGAAAAUGGCGGAGAGGUUGGAGUGGGUGGAGAUCAUCGAGCCGCGCACGCGGGAGCGUAUGUACGCCAACCUGCUGACGGGCGAGUGCGUGUGGGACCCUCCGCAGGGUGUCUGCAUCAAGAGGACCGGUGACAACCAGUGGUGGGAGCUGUUUGAUCCCAACACAUCGCGCUUCUACUACUACAAUGCCUCCACCCAGCGCACAGUGUGGCACCGGCCCCAGGCCUGCGACAUCAUCCCCCUGGCCAAGCUGCAGACUCUGAAGCAGCACACCGAUGCCAACCCCCGUCCUGCAGGUGGAGGAGGUGGAGGAGGAGGAAGAGCGUCGGCUGACAACAGCCCGGGACGUAACAGCGGUGUCAGCCGAGAGGGAAGCACCUCCUCCUCCCUGGACCAGGAACUCUCUGAUAAACAGGGCAACAGAGAGGAAGCAGACAGGACUUCUCCCUUCAGGUGGAACACCGGUACAAAGGAACGAAUGCUAAUCAAAGUGACAGACAGAGAGCCCAGCUUUUUGGCGCACCAGGGAAAUGGUUACUCCCCCUGUGACCCCCCCACCCCUGGUCCUCCUUCUGGAGGUGGCACCACCUCACGAACUCGCCGUUCCUCUGGAGGAAACCCACCUUCGGAACCUGAUGGCUCCCCUGUUCUCUACGGCGACCGCCGUCAGUCUCCCUUCCUGAAGCGGGCCGAGUUGGGUGGCACCGGCACCCACCGUCGCUCCUCAGCCGACUCCCAGCCUCCUUCGCCCCGCUAUGCCUAUGAACCCCCACUGUAUGAGGAGCCGCCAUCGGAGUACCAGCCCCCUCCCAUCUACGAGGAGCCUCCCACUGACAUGCACCUCGCUGACUCCUCCUUCUAUGGCACUGGCAAGUCACCUGCUCGCAAGUCCUCAGCCCCCCUCUAUCACUCCCCAAAGCAGGGCCAGUCGCCCUACGGCCAGCUAGUUCUGACCAGGCAGAAGUGUCCAGAAAAGACCCAGAGUCUGGAGUACAGUCCUGUGGGGAAGGAGUAUGUCAAGCAGCUGGUGUACGUGGAGCAGUCGUCUUCCAGCCCUCGCUUCAAGACCGCUGACCGUCUGCUGCGUUAUGGCACCACAGGGGGCUAUGGUGGCUCGUAUGGGGGGUCCUAUACUCUGCAGCACAGCCAGUCACUGAUCAGGGACCCCCGCCUACUGCUGGAUUACAGUGGGGAGGGUGGAGAGGGAGGCCAGAGGUUGCUUUAUGAGGACUCCAUAUCCUGGACAUCCAGCCAGACCCAUUCCCUUUCCUCCUCCUCCACAGGUGGUCCUGGGGCUUUCUCUCCUGGAGGAAAUCGCAAACGUAAGAGCCGCAAGCCCUCUCUCCCCCAGGAGCUGGCACGAUGUGGGGGGCUGGAAGGGGAGCUGGCAGGCACAGCAUCCGAGGCCAUGCUGGCCCAGGCCAGACUCGCAUGGGAGGCCCAGCAAGUGAUGAAACAGAGGAGCAGUUGGGACUCGGGGCAGGGAGGGGGUACGGGCCAGGGCGGCGGCUCUAAAGAUGGUUAUGAGAGCGACGGGGCGGUGCCUCUGCCGUUACCGGGACCGGUGGUGAGGGCCUUCAGCGAAGAUGAGGCGCUGGCACAGAGCGACGGCCACCACUGGAAACGCAGCACCUUCGAUCGGCUGGGCUUCCCCCAGGCCCUGCUGGAGAAGAGCCUCUCUGUCCAGACCAACCUGGCCUCCCCUGAGCCUUAUCUCCACCCCUCACAGUCGGAGGACCUCGGAGCCUGCGCCCAGUUUGAGGCCAGUCGAAAUGCCAGAAAUAUGAUGCCGAGCGCCAGCUGUGGCAUCUUCCCGGAAUUCACCCUGAGAAAGCCCUCCUCAGAGACCGACAUUGAGAAUUGGGCGUCCAAGCACUUCAACAAACACACACAGGGUCUGUUCAGAAGAAAGGUGUCCAUUGCCAACAUGCUGGCGUGGAGCAGCGAGCCCAUCAAGAAGCCCAUGAUUGUGACCUCAGAUCGCACUGUAAAGAGGGAAGCAGUGGACAUAUUUAAGCUCAUCCAGACCUACAUGGGAGACCGUCGCUGCAAGGCUGACCCCUUCUCUGUGGCUCUGGAGGUGGUGGUUCGCGGGUGGAGUAACCAGGGUCUGCGCGAUGAGCUCUACAUCCAGCUGUGUCGUCAAACCACAGAGAAUUUCCGCUAUGACAGUCUGGAGCGAGGCUGGGAGCUGAUGGCCAUCUGUUUGGCCUUCUUCCCACCGACGCCCCGUUUUCACACCUACCUGGAGGGCUACAUUUACCGACACAUGGACCCCCUCAAUGACAACAAAGGAGUGGCCAUCAGCAGCUAUGCUAAAUACUGCUACAGGAAACUGACAAAAGCUGCUCUGACUGGAGCCAAGAAGGGCCUGCAGAAGCCCUGCCUGGAGGAGAUCAAGCACGCCAGGAACGCCAUCUUCAGUCCGUCUAUGUUCGGCUCGUCCUUGGAAGAGGUGAUGGCGCUCCAGAAGGAGCGGUAUCCAGACAGCCAGCUGCCCUGGGUGCAGACUCGUCUCUCUGAAGAGGUUCUGGGUCUCAAUGGAGACCAGACAGAAGGCAUCUUCAGGGUACCAGGGGACAUCGAUGAAGUCAAUGCCCUCAAGCUGCAAGUGGAUCAAUGGAAAAUCCCCACAGGACUGGAAGACCCACACAUCCCAGCGUCUCUGCUGAAGCUCUGGUACAGGGAGCUGGAGGAGCCACUGAUCCCUCACGAGUUUUACGAGGAGUGUAUCACUCACUACGACAACCCAGAGGCAGCUGUCAACGUGGUGCUGGGUCUGCCACACAUCAACAAACUGGUGCUCUGCUACCUCAUCCGCUUCCUACAGGUAUUUGGCCAGCCCGCCAACGUGGCCAUCACCAAGAUGGAUGUGAACAACCUGGCCAUGGUCAUGGCUCCCAACUGUCUGCGCUGCCAGUCCGACGACCCCAGGGUGAUCUUUGAGAACACCCGCAAGGAGAUGUCCUUCAUCCGAGUGCUCAUCCAGCGGCUGGACACCAGCUUCAUGGAUGGAAUCCUAUAGCCCCCCCACCACGCACACACUUACACACACACACUUACAUAUAUACACACACACACACACUUCCAUACUCUACCCCCAGCCUCUCUCCCUAUAUGCUCCCUUUAACCCCCUCCAUGACACACUCCCCCAGCACAGAAACAUACACACACAUUGUUGCUGCUGGGUGGACCCCUCGCCUCUCUGACAUGUUUACUUUUCUGGAACUAACAAAAAACUGCCUUGCUUUGUCCACUUUGUUCAUUUUGAGUUGAGCCAAGCUGUGUUUUCUAUUUCUCUACAUGUAGUCCUUUAACUGACAUUUCCAUAAGAAACACACUAGUAUUAGAAAUCCAAGCUUUUCAUAUGACAACAGUACUGUAUGUGCCUUCACAUACAUGAACACAGUGCACACAUACAGUAUGAAGGAAUUAGCAGGGAUAUCAUUUCUUUGGAUUCAUAGUUUUUGCUUCACUGACGCCCUCAGAGUUCAGGACCACAAAGGUCCAUGUGUGUUUCCCCUGCUUGAGCGCACACACACACACACACACACACACAUUAGUACAUGCACAUACAUUACAAAGUCUUGCCCCAGGAUUCCACCCUCUGCAGUGUACUAUACCAUCGAAACACAAAGCAAGAAUUAUCGCUGAGAUGAAUGAUGCAUACAGGACACACACACACAUUCUCCCACACACGUUAAAAUCUCUCACACAUUACGAUUACAUUACAUCACAGAUUUAACUCCCAGAUCGGACGCCCAAAGGCGCCUUUGCAUCACUGCUUCAUCAGAUGGAUCCUGUUAGACGUACAUUCAGACACCAGGUGGAAAGGUGAAGCAGUGUCCAACAUUGUUUUCACUGGCAGCAAACGGCCCGUGUUUUACACUGCCACGACUCAACACAAGAAGCUCUUUUCCUCCUCCAUUUGUGAUCUCGCCUCAGGGCAGCAAACUUGUGGUCAUCUCAAGUGGGGCAGAAAGCAGAACUUCACUCUGUUAGUCACAAUGCUGCCUGCCAGCAACCGCGACUUUGAACUAGUGUAGCUGUAAAUGUGAUUGUUGCUUUGGCCGCUCAGCUGUCAAGUGAGGAGAACUUGGACACUAAAUCACCUCUAGUUGUGUUUGGACUCCAACACUUCCACUUUGUUGGCUAUCACAGACACAUAAGCUUUGUUCAAGUUGUUAGUACAUGCAGUUUAAAGUGAACGCAACAUACUGCACAUAUUAUAUUAUCAUCCUGCUUCGUGGCUGACUGUGUUAGACCAUUCAGGGUAUCUGCAGAUCUUUAAAAAGUCUUAGACCAUAUAAAUACAUCUUAAAUUGAAUUUACAUAAGUCGGUGAUAGUCUAAUAUAAAAGUCUAACAUUUUCUCUGUAGGCAGUGAUAUUAGUUUUAAGGUGUUGUGUCAGGAGACAUUACACAUUUAAAAACUAAAGCAGGCUUGUUGAAUGAGUGGAUUGUGCUGCAGAAUGCUGUCGGAUCCUGUUUCUGGCAGCACCAUCACACCUGUAGAAAACACUGUCACUACUGCUACGGUAGCAACAGUAGCUAGGAAGCUUGUUGUGUCAUGGUAAAGUGAUAUGAUUCAAAAAUGAAAUUGAAUGUAAUUAGUUAAUCCAUCCAUUCAUUCAUGUACUGGCUAAUUAAUUGUAUCAUUAGUGUUAUUCUUAUAAAUUGCUUUGAGAUAGUGACAAACAUUUGACAUGUUAGUGAAUAUUUCUAGUCCAAACUGGUUUUCUAUCACAUUUUGUCACUGGUUUGUCCCAUGUGUCGUUCAAAAUGUCUUUAAAAGUCUGAACUUGGUGAGCCCUGCAGAAACCCUGCUCAUUGUCGCGUGAAUGUUGUAUGCGUACUAACACGUUUCACAUACUACAUUUACAUACUACUAACACUUCAUGCGGCACUCUCCAUAAUAUUAGUACAUACAACAGAACAGUACACACAGUAUUUUGGAAAUGGCUGCACACCGUGCGGUUUACAGGCUCCAUGCUAACAGUUCAGCAUACACCAUACCGACUGGCAGCAUCCUCAGUGCUAAAGCGUAGUACACUUGAAGUGUGUAAAGAGUCCUUUUGAGUCAAUACCUCCCAAAACUGUUCUAAAUACAUAAAAUCCACUAUAAAUGUUAAAAGUUUAAGUUAAAAUGAGUUGGCUAAACAGACACUAGCUUCUUUUAUCUGGUUUUACUUGCUAACAAACUGGUUAACCAUGUUGGAAUCGUCUGAAUCAGAAAGAAAGGAGUUUUCCUUGUGUAAUUCUCAUUUAGCUAGUCUGACAUGGAUGCAGUUUUACUAUGUUGCUAAAUAUUUGAGACUUGAAGUGAGCCAUGCUAACUUUUGCUCAACGCAGGUGACAGUGAUGGGCUAACGGUGGGCUAAUGGCUAAAAGACAGAAAUAGAGCCGAGUCAUUGUAAGGUCACCGAACUAACUCAAUGAUGUCCAGUAUGCAGAAAAAGUUAGCCACCAUAUGCUGCUGGUCACACCAGACCUCUGAGUGUUUAAAUAGAGCCACAGUGUGUUUUUUACUUAACUAAUCUACCGUCCAGAUGGAUUUUAGUGUCCAUGUUCUAAUCACUUAACACAUCGGUGGGCAGUCGUGUCACAUGAAGACCAGUUUAGGUCCAACCUUACUGGCUGAACCUGUCCAAUAAAGGAAAUCAGCCGGUAAGUCUUGCCUUGGCUCCUAUCCUCAGUAUAACUGAUCUCACAACAGUUUUAUAUUCUUUAGCAUCAGGUGAUCUUAUACAAAUCUGGUCCUGUCCGUCCACCUGCCACAGUAUUUUGGUGCUGUCCAAUCACUUUAGCUGUUGAGCCCGCCCGUAGCCACGAGCAACAGAUACAGUAGUAUGGAUGAUAGCAGCACUGCCAAUAAAAAAAAGGCCCCGUCUGUGAUCACAGCACAGCAUGCUCGUACUUCCAGGGAGGGAUUUGAGAAGUGCCAGUUCUCCCACAAUACACCACCCCAACCCUCCUCCUCAUUCAGCUCCAUGCACCUGACCCACCACUGAGCCCCAACAGGCCUUUCUGCUCACUAAUGAUUUGUGAAUGUGUCUACCUGCGUGCUUGUCCGUCCGUCCGUCAUAGUUUACAAAAUGUACCCGUCUCUUGCAUCAUACGGUCUUCGUCUGAGAAAGUACUGUUGUUUAUUGUGUUCAGAUUUUUGCUGUAUUUAACAGAAAUUGUUUUUAACCCAUUCUUUUUAUAUGAUUUAAUUUAUUUAUAUUUAUUUGAGAUUUCCUUAAUGCCUUCUCGAGAUAUUGUAUUGUAGGCUCCGGUGUGUGUGUGUUUUUGUUACGGCACAUGUGUGUAUGACCGCGUGGAUGUGCGAUCGAGCCGUUUUCAAUAUGGUAGGGCACAUACGUGUUGAUGUACGACUGUAAAUCUUGCUGUACCCGUUUGAUUCAUUUGGGUUUUUGUUUUUUGUGUGACACAACUGAAAGGAUGAUUGUGAAUGGAGACACACACACAUGGACCACCCUGGAAAAACACUGACUUCCACCUUAAAAAGGUCCAGAAAACACUCGUCUCACCGUUAAUCUUUGUCUGAAAGAACCUUUUUUUUUCCUCGUGAAGAGACUGUGACGAGUGUGUGAUGUGCAGCUCACUCACUCCGACAUACACACUUCACAUAGAUAACAUGUACAUUGACACUGUACAGACUGUAAAAAAUAAGUAUAUAGAGAAACAAGAGAGGAAAACGCACCAUAUGUAACAGUGGAAACUUGCUGUGGAAGUUGAUGUAACAGGGUGGGUGGUUGUUUUUUCUUUUUCUUUUUUUAAAAGUCUUGUUAAAGUGUAAAUUUUUCCUCACAUUGAUAGAGGUCUAAAAGUGGUAUUAUUAAUUUAAACCCAUCUCCAAACAUCCAUUCAAGUACCAGAAAGUGUUUUUAAGCCCUGAUAUCUGUAACUGUAGGUCUGAUUCAUACAAAGAAGUGAUUUGUCUGGAGGCAAAGUUUGACUUUUCAACUGGGCGUCAUUGAGAUGAUAGAUCAACCGCCUCCUUCUUCUAGUGAAAGCAGCUCCUGAAUGCUAACAAAACAUGAUCAUCACCCUAACUGGUAAUCAGAACUGGGCUGUGACUAGUUUCGUUGCCUUUAAUGGCUCACUUACAGUUUUUAGACAGCUUUUUUAUGUUAUCUUCUGAGUAAAAGUUUGACUACGAGUUGGCAGGUUCAGGGUUGAAUACUACUUGUGGGGUUGACCAAGUUCAAAGUAAACAUCAUCUAAACUUUCAAGUCCUGUUCUGUCCUCGUAGUGCGGGGUUGCCAGGUUUGAACACUAUCCUAACGCUACACAAAACCCAGGUGACCCAGAUAAAUUGGUGACUAGCUUACGAACACAAAGAUACAAUGUGUGAACUUCACACAUCCAGUUUUGUUCCCAUUGAACAUCCUGUGCCAUCUGCAGCCGUUAACACAGUAAUGUUAUGACAGGAAGGGAACAAAGUCUCUCAGAACAAACUCGUCCCUCAUUUGACGACUCACUUCUUUGUGACGUAUGAAUACAGCCAAAUGUUUAAAUUUGAUUUCCUGUGAAAGCAAUUAAAAAAAACGAGAAGCCUUGGCGAUAACCGGGCCAGGCUAAAAUGUUUCGGCGGUGUGUGUGAGUGUGUAUGUGGUGUGUGUUUGUGAGAGUGUCUUCGUUUUAAAUGCAAGAGAUGGUUGUAGAUAGACCCAGCAAAUCAACCAGUUAGCAUGCAGACAUAGGGUCUUCACUCUCUUCGACUUGAAUUUACUAAAAUAUGAAAAUAUACAAGGAAAACGAACUGAAUUUACAGAAAGUAAGUGUUACAGUAUUUAGCUUUAAAAAAAAAUCCACUAAGAAAAAGAUUAAACUCUUUUUAAUCUGUUUUUCUGAUUGUUUUUCUACUCGGUUCCUACUAAUGAUGGAUUGGUAGUUGAUGCUGUUCGUCUAAUGUAAAGAAAAUGACAAUGAAGUGAAGGUGUGAGACUGCAGCAGUGAAGCUGCUCUUCACCUUGACGUCAGUCCUCGAGGUUUUUCAGUUGUAUCUUAAUGUCCACUGUCACUCACAUUGUGUCCGAGGGAAGACUCUGGAAGUGUAACGGACGUUGGUUUAAUAAAUGAUUCAAAUGUCAAACUAACA